UUUGACAGCUCUAAACAAUAGAAAAAGAAAAAAAAUUACGGCAGGAUUGCGAGCAAUAUUCGAUUUAUCCGUUCGCAGCAGCAUUGAGACGCCCCCGGAAAGCCAACUACGGCGGAGUCCAGUCCGGAGUUGCAGUGUAUCCUUGCAGCGGAUCCGCAGCAGUGCCUCCUGUCCCACGGCCACAGCUUUCCCCGCAGAAAAAGCAGCAGCAGCAGCAGCGACUCUGCCCCUUCGUCCGCCCCCCAACCCCCACGCCCCCCUAGGCCCCGCCCGCCGACCACGCCACGCCCCCCGCUGUACCGCCCACACAACCCCGCCCCCCUUGCCAGCGCCAGCAGCACGGCAGGUUUAAUCAGCAAAUAAACAAAAAAAACGAAUACGAAAACGGAAGCAAAGAGACGACGAAGACGAAGGGCACAAGCUCCUCCUGUGAGUAAUCCGGAAGCUGGAGCAGCAGAAGCGUGGAUCCUCAUCCAUCCGGCGGCUGAGCGAUGCAGUAUAGGCCACCAUGGGUUCGCAGACCUUGGAGAUAUUGCGCCAGGGCGUGUGGGCCUCGCUGACCGGCGGCUACUUCUACGAUCCGCACCAAGGUGUUUUCUGCAACGUGGUGCACCUCUACUUGUGGCUCUACCUGCUCUGCUCGCCCUUCGUGGCCUACCUGUACUUUCCGAGCACUUGGUUGACAUGGUGCCUGUACUGCGUGAUAACCAGCCUGACCAUUCUGAUGGUGAAGCUGGCCAAUCUGGCGCUGCACCGGCUGUACGAUCGCGCCCAGACCAUGUCCGAGGUGAACCUCAAGGGACAGUUCUUCAAGGUUACCAAGGAGACGGAGCCGCGCCACGACGACGAGGGCGGCAUCGAGAUGAAGGUCAUCCGGCCGGGCGGCUCACGAAUCUCCGUGGAGCAGGCCAUCAACGAGGCCAGCGAGGAGAACAGCAUCAUGUCCAUCGACAAUGUGAACAGCAUCAUUGAUCUCAAAGUCGAUGUGCACCGCAAGAACAGCUCCGAAUCCAUCGAGCUGAUGUUCUACGCCCCCUCCAUGCUGUCCGGCGGCAGCCAGCAGGAUCAGCAAUCUCUGGCCGGUUCGGCCAGCGUCAGCAAGUCCAUCCGGAGCACUGGGCCGGGCGGCAACUCCUCCACCAGCGCCGCCGCCCAGGCGGAUUUGUUCAACAAGUACCUCACCGUCUAUCCGGAGGUUGUGGAGGCGGCCGGGAGCAGUGCGGGCAGCGCCGAUGGUGGCAGCAGCGGCGGCGAUAGCCGCUCCGGCGGAGCAGUGGGUGCGCUGUGUACCGCGGGAGCGGGAACAGCGCCCGUACAGCACGUCCGCACGGGACAUCUGUCGCGCAAGUGCUCCGAGGUCUUUAGCCGCCGACAGCGACGACGUUUGGAGCGCCAGAGCAGCCUGGAUACGGCGGCAGCCGCUGCUAACAGCUGCAGCGUGGAGCACAAGCUGAUGCGCAACCAGUCGGACACGAUAGCCACGGCCGCGCCAUCGUUCCUGCACUCCCAACCGACGAAUAAGGCCCGCCAGAGCCAGGCUAAUCCGCGCCAGCACUUCAUAGCCAGUACCCCGUCGUCGGGGGGAGAUGCAUCCUCCUCUUCCACCGCCGUCGUGGUCAUCACCCCUGCCUCCGCCUCGAAUCCUGCGGCCAACCCCGGACGCUCCUCGCGUCUGCAGCGCCACAGAAGCUCGGAGACGCACGACGAGCGGCAGAAGCACCAGAGUCGCGGCGGUCUCUUCCAGCCCAUCCUGCAGCUGCCGCAUCACAGUGCGGCCAGCAGCAUUGGGGCGCUGGCGGUGAUCGGCGGCGGCAGUGGCGGCGCUAACGACGUGGAAGACAUGGAACUGGGCCUGGCCAGGAACGCGGGCAGCGGCGGCGUGGCCGACGCCUGCAGCCGGGCACUGCAGUCCUGGAUAUUAGAUCCCUUUCCGGAUGUGUACCUGGAGGACGAUAGCUACACCAAAUCAGAUUUGGGCAUCGAGCAGCCCCACCAGCCGACUUUCCGCGCCCAGCAUCACCAUCAUCACCACCACCACCACCACCUGCAUCAUCACCUGGGCGGAGCGAUCAUCCGCAAGGAUCCCACGAGCACAAUGUCUGCCCUUCAGCUGGCAGGAGGCGCUCCGCCGUCAGCGGGAGGAUCGGGAGCAGGCGGCAGUGGCGGAGGAGGAGCAGCAGCAGGAGGAGGUGGCGGCUCUGCUGCCGGGAUGAAGCGACGCAGACAUUCCAACGCCACCAGCUACAAACACGGCUCCUCGGGUCAGGGCAACAAGAACUCUCUGGUGAGUGGAGGCGGAGGCGGAUCCAGAGGCCCCACCGGCGAGGCGGGGACACCAAGUGGAGGAGUGGGAGGAGCUGGUGGAGUGAGGCGCAUCAAGAGCGCCGCCUUGGAAGUACUCUGCCCGCAGCCCUCGGUGUCCAAUCUCAGUCCGCAUCCGAACAGCGUGGAGGCCAUCUCGGGGCAGCAGCAGAUGCGCAAUCCCCUGCCCCCGCCCAGCAAAAGUCUGGUGCGGAACCAGCACCUCAAUCUGUAUCCCACGCAGGGCUUUGGCGACGCCAAUCAUCAUCCCACCGCCGGAGGAGGAGGCGGAGGAGGACCGCCUGUGGGCGGCAGCACCUGCAGCAGCCUGUUCUUCGGCAGCUCCAGUGCCUGCGGCUCCACAACGGCCCUGAUUGAGCCGCCAGUGUACCCCAUAGUGGAGCACUCGGACGAGAGGACGGCCCACGAGGACAUUUGCCUGGGCAUUGGCCAGGGCAACGCCGACGAUGACGACGAGGUGGACGAUGUGCCGAUCCGGAGGAGGACAAGGGCCCUGGGUUGCAGCCAAACGCACUACAGCGCCGAGUCGGAUGUGGGCGGUUUUCUGGCCGACGACGAUGCCGCCGAUGAGGAUGUGUUCAAAGACUUCGACGACAACCUGGAUCACAUCCUCAGCGAGAUGCAGCAGGAGCACAAUCAGCUGGACGACGUCCUCAAAAGCCACGAUCUCCAUCUCCACUCGCAGCUGCAGCUGCAACAUCACCAUCACCACAAAGGAGCACCAGUGGAGGGUGUGGGAUCAUCCUCAGGAGCCGUGCCAGCAGGCGCCGGUAAUGAGGACGACGACGAGGAGACGGAGGACAACAACACGGGCUCGCGAUCUCCGCUGCUCAGCGAUCGCAAUCGCCAGCAGGCGACGCUGCGCGAGAUCCAGGCGGACCAGCAACUGCGCCAGGAGCUGUCCCACCAGUCCAGUGCGGCCCCCGUCGCCCCCAACGCUCCCAUGCCCAUUCGCAGCGAGGCGGACUCGGGCUGCCCGUCCAGCGACUGUGAGCAGGUGAGCGCCAGCUCCAAGGAUCAGCUGCUGUCCGGAAUGGAGUCCGAGCAGAGGCUGCACCAGCACCAGCAAGCGCCGAGGUGCCAACUGGACGAGGAGCAGCCCUGCACCUCGAAAAUGGCGGCCAAGAGUCUGGGCGCCAUUCCGAAGGUGGUCAAGUACCGGGAGGUAGACGAACUGAGGCGGCGAAGGAGAGGAGGCUCCCCGGCGGAUGCCGCCGAGCUGGGCAACGAGUUCGCCCUGGUCAAGCAGACGCAGACCGGCAAGCUGGCCUCGCGCAACUCCUCCUCCUCGAACUCGACGCACAGCAUCAGCCUGACCGACAGCCUGACGGCCGACAUCCACAAGAUGCUCUGGCUGAUGCACGGCGGGGCGGUGGACGAGCGCGGCCGACCCAUUACGGGCAUCUCGUCGGACGGCACUCCCAUCCCGGCUAGCAGCAGCCUCGUGCCGCCGAACAUGUCCAACGCACACUUCCAGUUCUACCAGGACGCCAUACAGGCGCUGCAGGGUGCCCAUCCCACCGCCGGCUCCAGUGUGGAGCACAUGACGAACAUCGAGCGGGCCCUGGCCCGCGACAAGCUGCGCCUCGAUGCCAAGCUGAUGUGCGAGCAGCUGGCCGCCGCGGCGGAGGCCAACUCGGGCGGAGUUGGAGUUGGAGUGCGGGGCAGCACGCUGGCCAGCCAGCAGAUGACACAACAGCAGGUGGGCAUGUUGAUGCGCGGCAGCUCCGGCUCGCGGCAUCCGUCGAGUGCUCCCUUUUCGGUGCAGGGACUGAUCAAUGUGAUCCGCAACGAGCGCCAGGUGGCGCGCAGCCAGUUGGACGCACUGCAGCAGCUCAGCGAUGCGGCCGCUGCGGUGGCGGCCAAUGCCAGUGAAGCUGCCUCCGUUUCGGCCUCGGGAAUCGGCGGAGGAGGAGGAGGUGGUGCAUCAAGCGGGGGCGGCGGAGGAGUAUUGAGCGCCCUGGGCCUGGCCAAUCACCCCAGCAACCAGAUCAGCCAGAUCAGUCAGAUCAGCCAGAUGAGCCAGCCCAUGCUGAAUGUGGACGGGCACUUUGCGCCGUACUGCGACUACUGGCGGCCCGCCUGUCACCUGUCGGCGGCGGAGAAGCCAGUUGUGCCCAAGAGCUUCUACAAGUACCGGUUCCAGUGGUGCGGCCAGGAGCACGAGUUCAAGAUCGCCAUGGACCGGCUGGAGCUGCUGGCCCUGUUCGACCGCGACCUCCACUGGCUGCACGUCCUGCUGGCCAGCCUGCUGUGCACGCUGGUGGCCUGCCUGGGAGCGGCCAUCCUGCAGCACGACCACUACAAGGACCUGUGCGCCCUGCUCUUCUGCGCGGUGAUUGCCGGAGCGCAGUACUCGCUGGUAAAGAGUGUCCAGCCGGACGCGGCGUCGCCGGUGCACGGAUUCAACAAGACGGUGGCCUACUCGCGGGCCAUAUACUUCUGCCUGGGCGGCGGCAUGCUGCUGCUGCUCAAGCGCCUGGACACGGACUACGGGGAGAGGCCGCCGGACCCGGUCGUCUUCUUUGGCCUGCGCUACUCGCCCGCCGACGUGGUGGCCCAGCUGCUCCAUGCCCUCUACAUCCUGCUGCUGUGCUUCCCCAUCAUCUUCUCGGUGGGACUGUGUCCGCAGAUCAACACGUUCCUUAUGUACCUGCUGGAGCAGAUCGACAUGCAUGUCUUUGGCGGCAAUGCUGCCAGCAGUCUGUUGGGCUCUUUUUUGUGCGUGGUGAGAUCGGUGCUGGCCGUGAUGCUGCUCUACGGACCGCUCUACGGAGCGCUGGACGAGCAGCGGGGCACGCAGUACAUCCUGUUCUCCAUCUUCUGCGCCAUGCUGGUGCCCUUGGGCUACCACCUGUCGCGCUGUGCCAGCGACUUCAGCCACCUGUGGCGGCUGAUCAAGACCUGCAUUGUGAGCACGUAUCGGGACGACGAGGACGAGGAGCUCAGCCAUGUGCAGCAGGUGGCGACGACGGCGGCAGCGGGCACAGUAACCAGAUUGGCCACCAGCACGCCCAAGCAGCGUAGGCAGGCGCCGGAUUCGAAGGCGGAGCAGCAGGAGCAGAUCGAGCUGAGCUCGCUGGAGAAGCUGGCCGCCAACGAGGAGCAGCCCGCCGACGAUCAACUGGAAGCGGAGCCGCAAGAUGUGCCCCUGCAGCAGCAGCAGAAGCACAGCAAGUCGAAGGCCUCGUCGCUGGGCAGCAGCCAGCAAACCCUGGCCAAGACCAUCAGCAGCAGCAAGCGGGCCAUCACGGCCUCCAGCUCGUGCACCUCCAUCGGGGCGGCGGGAGAGGGGGCCGUGGUGGUGGCGGCGGAGGACCAGCCUGGUGGCGACCUGCUGGCCAGCGAGGAGGCAGAGGAGGCCUACGACCAAGCGGCCAAAGCCGAGGAGGCCGACGACGACAAGAUAUCCAGCUCAUCGGCCACCAAUCCCGGGGACAUGUCCACGUUGACAGCGGGAGCGGGCACGGCCACCACGGAUGCCACGCCUGCCUGCCUGGAGGCCGAUCCGGAUGUGGAUGGGGAAACUCCAGCUGGCGAUGAGAAGCAGCAGCAGGGAACGGGUACUGGAACUGGGACCACCGAGGCCAGUGACAACAGCAGUAGUGGUGGUGGAGCCAACGGAAAUGCCAACGGGAGCGGGGCCUCCAACGAUCUGCCCGAUCCGCUGCCCCGAAAGCUGCAGGCCACCGUGACCACGCGGCUGAAGAACGACCUGGUGGUGAUGACCCUGCUGGCGGUCAGUGUGCUGGGGCUGCACUGCAGCACCGUUUUCACCGCCCUGCAGCCGGACCUCAACGUGGUGCUCUACUCGUUCAUCGGCGUGCUCGGUCUCCUGCUGCACUACAUUGUGCCCCAGAUGAGGAAGCACAUGCCCUGGCUCUGCUUUGCCCGCCCGCUUCUCCGGCAGCGCGAAUUCGGCCAGUUCGAGGUGCUCAACGCCCCCAAGAUCAUGUGGUUCGAAAAGCUGUACAUCUACCUGAGUGUCCUGGAGCGGAAUGUGCUCUUCCCGCUGCUGGCCAUCUCCUCGCUGACGGCGGACUCGCAGCUGAUUGUGGCCAAGUUUGGGCUGCCCUGGGGCACGCUCAUUGUGGCCAUUUGCGCCCUAAAAUUUGUGAGGAACGCCUACUCGGAUCCGACCAACCAGUACCUGAUCAUCAUCUUUACGGUCUUGCUGUUCCGCAUCGACUUCACCAUGGCCACAGAGACCUUCAUCAUUGACUACUUCUUCGUGUCGCUGGCCUUCCGCAAGUGCUGCGACUUCCUGCUGAAGCUCCAGUUCAUUGUGACCUACAUUGCGCCGUGGCAGAUAACGUGGGGCUCUGCCUUCCACGCCUUCGCCCAGCCCUUCAGUGUGCCCCACUCGGCCAUGCUGUUCCUGCAGGCGGGCAUCUCCGCCCUGCUCUCCACGCCGCUCAAUCCCUUCCUGGGCAGCGCCAUCUUCCUCACAUCUUACGUACGGCCGAUCAAGUUCUGGGAGCGGGACUACAACACGCGCCGCAUCGACCACUCGAACACGCGGCUCAGCUCGCAGCUGGAACGCGACUUGGGUGCGGACGACAACAACCUGAACAGCAUAUUCUACGAGCACCUCACUCGCUCCCUGCAGCACUCGUUGUGCGGGGAUCUGCUGAUGGGUCGCUGGGGAAACGUCAAUCAGGGCGACUGUUUCGUGCUUGCCUCCGACGAUCUCAACUGCCUGGUGCACAUCAUCGAGCUGGGCAACGGGCUGUGCACGUUCCAGAUGCGUGGCCUGGAGUUCCGCGGCACCUACUGCCAGCAGCGCGAGGUGGAGGCCAUCACCGAGGACGUGGAGGACAACGACGGCUGCUGCUGCUGCGACCCGGGCCACCUGCCGCGUCUGCUCAGCGCCAACGCCAUGUUCUCCACCCGCUGGCUGGCCUGGCAGGUGGUCGCCGCCCAGUACGUCAUCGAGGGCUACUCCAUUUCGGACAACCUGGCCAGUGCCACGCUGCAGGUGUUCGAGUACCGCAAGGUGCUCAUCACCUACUACAUUAAGAGCAUCAUCUACUAUGUGGUGAGGAACCCCAAGCUGGAGCAGUGGCUGGCCUCCGGGCCCAUCCAGGAUGCCCUGCAGCACACGCUGGGCCGCCAGUUCGUUGACCUGGAUCCCAUUUUCAAUUUCAACCUGGACGAGGACUUCGACUUCCGCGCGGUGGGCAUCACGCGCUCCAGUUUCUGCUAUGUGUACCUCAAGUGGAUCAACUACUGCGUGGACAUGCGCAGGGAUGCUGCCUCCAUGGGGGCAACCACAUCUGCUUCGGCUCCCGCGGCAUCUGCUGCUGCUCCAGCGCCGCCGCCGCCGCAGUCGUCGUCGUCAGUGGCUCCAGUGACGCCCGCCCACAAUGACUCCAAGAGCACGCCCAAUCUGUCGGCGCACGGCGGAUCCACUGGUCCUGCUUCGGGCCAGUCCAAGUCGCAGUCGCAGCAGCAGUUGCGCCGGCCGCCCAAGAGUGUGGCCCAGGAGAACAACAGUAUCGGCGGUGGCGGCGGCGGAGGAGGAGGAGGUGUUGCCACUGUCGUCACAGGAGGACCAGCGGGGCCAGGAGGAGGCACAGGCACCACCGUGGGCGGAGAUCCGCAAUUAAGCAGCUCACACAGCUUUGCCAACAUAUCGCGGCAAACGUCGGAGAGUGCACCCGGCCUUGGUGGCUAUGUGACCUACAUGGAUCAAAACGUGUUCGUGAAGCUAGCCAAGAGCAGCACUUCCACGGCUGCAGGAGGAGCAGGAGCCGGAGCUGCAGCCAGCCGAAAGGAGAGCCAGGAGAAGCCCGCACUGCGGCUGAAGCUGGCCAGCAGCGUGGGCAAGGAUGCACCGCUGGUCUCCCUAUGCCUGGCCCUCGGACUGCUGGCUCGCCGAUCGCUGGCCACCGCCUCGCACAGUUCGCUGACCGGCGUGGAGUUCUUCCUGCACGGCCUGCACGCCCUGUUCAAGGGCGACUUCCGGAUCACCUCGCCGCGCGACGAAUGGGUCUUCGCGGACAUGGAGCUGCUGCACUCGGUGGUCGCGCCGGCCGUCAAGAUGGCCCUCAAGCUGCAGCAGGACCACAUCACCAAUCCGGACGAGUUCCUCGACCCGCACGCCCUGUACGAGGCCAUCGACAACUGCUCCAGCGAACUGGUCAUCUCGCACGAGGCCGAUCCUGUGUGGCGCAGUGCCGUGCUGCGCGGAGCGCCCAAUCUGUUGGCCCUGCGGCACGUGAUGGAGGACGGCUCGGACGAGUACCGCAUCAUCCGGCUGACGAAGCGCUGCCUCAGCUUCCGGGUGAUCAAGCUGAACCGCGAGUGCGUCCGCGGCCUGUGGGCGGGGCAGCAGCAGGAGCUGAUCUACCUGCGCAACCGCAAUCCGGAGCGCGGCAGCAUCCAGAAUGCCAAGCAGGCGCUGCGCAACAUCAUCAACUCCAGCUGCGACCAGCCGAUCGGCUACCCCAUCUACGUGUCCCCGCUGACAACCUCCUAUGCGGACACCAAUGCCCAGCUGUGCGAGGUCAUUGGCGGCGCCAUCACGCUGGACACCAUCCGGCACACGGUGCUGGGCUGGUGGAACCGCAUCCGGGAGCGCUGUCGGCAGGGCUGCAGCUCGGGCUCGGCCCUGGAACCGCAUCCCGGUGCGGGACUUGGUUCCGGCCCGGGUGUUCUUCUGGGCGCCUGCAACUUCGGCAGCGGCGGCAGCGUCGUGGGAGCCGCCUCAACGGCCACGGGCGUGGGUGCCUCGGCAGGAUCUGGCCUGGGAGGAGCCGCUCCUGGCACAGCCAGCAGCACGGGCGGCGAGUCGGGAGACCUGGCGCCCGUCUUCAUCUCCGCCCCGCUAUACAACACCCUCACCGUAAACCAGUACUAUAAUGUGCGCCCGGGAGGCGCCAUUCCGGGCGGAGCCAUGCCCGCCAACCUGGGCGGCAGCUAUGUGAGCGACAGUUUGGCGGUGGUGCGCGGCGGUCUGGCCGUGAUGCCCGUGAAGCCCACCUCCACAACUCUGAUUGCCGGACUGCUGAACAGAGAGCGGGAUCAGGAGACUUUGGGAUCCGGCGUGGGAGGAGCAUCCAGAGCCACCGGCAGUGGCGGCGUGCGCAGUCGCAGCCAGCUGCACCAGCAGCAGCAGCAGAUGGGCGGCGGCAGUCGGGGCAGGGAUCACGAGCGAAGGGCCACCCUGCCCAUUGGCGCCGAGUCUGGCAAGGAUCUGGCCACGCCGCAGACCCAGGUGGAGCACGAGCCAAGUCCGCGCAGCACCAAGCUCUCCUCCUCGUCGGGCAGCCUGGGUCUUGGAAUGGGCGUGGGCAUGGGCCUGGGCAACAUCAUCACCACGCCAGGAGACUAUCCACGCAAGACCAAGGGACCCAUUUGCCUCGCCGCCAUGGAAACGGGAACGGCGGAGGCAAAGCCCGCCGCAGUAGUAGUCGGAGGAGCAGGAACUGCUGGAACUAGUGGAACUGCAACCGUCAUCAGAAAGCCGCGCAUUGAGAUCUUCAAGAAGGUCAUCAUAGUGGAUGAAACUGGGAUCUACGACUGCCUGGACAUCAUCGAUGCCGUUGUGUGGCCCAGCGAACGGAUGCGCAACAAUGGCGGGCGGCUUUCGUGGAAGGAUUGGGAGCCGAGCGCCGGCAUGGUGGGCCAUGUGGUCCACUGCUGGACGCCCAACCACAAGGACGUACGUUUCCGAUCGCAUGUCAACCGCUAUGUGUACCUGGUGGAGAUCGGCGACCACUACGUGCCCGUGGAGGAGCUGGGCCUGCGGGAGUACAACCAGAUCAUGGGCAGCACCGAGGAGAUGGCCAACUCGCGGCGCAGCUCCAUCCAGCGCGAGUUCCACGAGUACAACAUGCAGCUGAAGCUGGCCGGGCUCACUCCGAUUAUUGGAGGUGGAGGCGGAGGUGGAGGUGGUGGAUCCUCCACGGCGACAGCCAGUGCCAGCGAGGCCUCCAAAUCGCACAAGGCCAAGAUCCGAGCUGUGAGCAGCAGCAGCUCCGAGGACGAGGACACCUCCUCCACGCGGUCCAUACCCUUGUCGCAUGGUGAUCCCGGCGAUCUGCCCAACUUCACCCGGCUAAUGAGCAUGUGGAAGGAGAUAAUAUCGGACAAUAACAAGCGGCGCUUCUACGAUAUGGGUGAGUUAUCGCCGGAACUGCUCCGAAAGCUGGACGAUGCGGUCCAGCAGCAACAGCUGCAGGAGCAGCAGGACCAGGAGCAACAGGAGACGCCUGGAGAGACGGAAGAGGAAGAGCAGGAGCAGCAGGAGGAGCAGAAGGCCACCACCCCAGCCACACCAACAGCCACAGUCACUGCCAAUGAAGAAAAGGAAAUGGAGGAGGAAAUGGAAAUGGAAGUGGAAGUGGAAACGAAGCCAUAUCAGGAAGAGGCUCCACUGGAGGAGGUAACCGUUUCCAAGCCCGAGGAGCAGCCAGCUCCGCCCACACCGCCGCCCAGUCCCGUGCCCACUUCCAGUGAAAGCUCACCCACCCUCAGCAAAGAAGAGGAACAGGAGGAGCAGGAGAAGGUGGUCGAUCCAGACGAGGAGACACCCGCAUUGGCCUCCAAGGAGGAGCAGGACAUGGAGGAGGAGCCACCUGGCGAUGGCAAUGACAAAAGCGAGACGACGGGGACAACGGUCUAAGGGAUCACGAUCACUAUGGACCUGCCUUUACAUAGAUUUGCAUUUGUUUGCCAAGCAAACACACCAAACACACCAACAAAAAAAAUGGCACGGACAAAGGCACACACACCCAAUUGGACAUGAUGGACAUCCACAACCUUGUAAUACAUAUCAGCAAAGAGCAGAGAUGAAAGGGCUUCCUUGCAUGGGUGGUGUGGCCCAUUUAUAUCCGAACACCGAGAUCCUGGCCAGAAAACCAACAGCAACAACAAAAACAACAAAUGAGAAACACUUCCAAGAAAUCAAAGUAAAGUUUAUAAAACGACUGCGUUUAGUGUAUGCAUAGGAUUUAGGACAAAAACUACAAUAAUUCAGACAACAACAAAAAACAAAAACAAA